CUGUCUGUGAUUCAACUUGAUUACGGUCGAUCACUACUCGGACUAUGGGAGAAGAAAGUAUAAUUUUAGAAAAACCAGGAAAUCAAAUGGAGUCUCAAAUGGAAGUCGAUGCGCACAAGGAGGUUUCCGAGCUUACCGAUGAACAGUUAGUUUAAAACAUUUUUUAUUAAACCUAAAUAAUGAACAUUUUUAGUUCGAAUAGCCAAUGUUUCUAGAAUUUUCGAUGUUCAUAUUGAGGAGAGGCACGUGUAUGUCGAAUUCCUGUGUCAUAUAAUUAACAUUAUGUAUUCUCUUCAAGAAGAUAUUAGUAGAAGAUAAUAAAAAAAUUUACCUUAAAAUUAUUUAUAAUAUCCUUCUAUUGUUUUUUUUGUAGAAAAGCUGUUCUUGCAGAAAAAACGAAAGAAGAGGGAAAUGCAGCCUAUAAAGAAAAGCAAUAUGACCUAGCAUUAGAUUGCUAUUCCAAAGCUAUAAGUAAUUUAAUUUGAUAAUAUGUUAAUGUUAGUUCACAAAAAAAGAUUUUUUAAAAUCUCAGUAGAAAUAAUUCUAAUUUAUCUCUGAUUAGGAAAUUGUUUAAUUCUUAACAGCCUUGUGCCCAAAUUGUGCAGCAUAUUAUGGAAAUCGUGCGGCUGUUCUUAUGAUGCUUAACCAACACUCAGAAGCUCUUAAAGAUGCUAGGCAGUCAACUCAAAUAGACCCCCAAUUCUACAAGGGCUUUGUGCGCACAGCAAAAUGUCUUUUAAGUCUUGGGGAGCCAAAAGCUGCAAUAAAUCAAUUAGAACGUGCUGCUCAAUUAACACCAAACAAUGAUCAGCUGAAAUUUGAUUUUGAACAGGCUAAAAAAUUACUGUCAUAUCUCGAAGCCUCUGAUAAAGCUUACGAAUGCGGUGACUUUAGGAAAGUUGUUUAUUGUAUGGAUAGAUGCAUAGAUAUUUCACCAGGAUGUAUAAAAUUUAUAACCAACAAAGCAGAAUGUCUUGCUUUACUAAAGAGAUACGAAGAGGCACAAUCCAUUGCCUUUGAUUUGUUAAGGAAAGAUAAUCUUAAUGCCGAUGCUCUCUACGUUAGAGGAUUAUGUUUGUAUUACGAGGAUAAUGUUGACAAAGCGUUUUCUCAUUUUCAACGGGUUUUGCAAUUAGCCCCAGAUCAUAUAAAAGCUAAAACAGUAUACAAAAAAGCCAAAAGUUUAAUUGCAAAAAAAGAGGAAGGGAAUACUGCCUUUAAAAGUGGAGAAUUUGACAAAGCUUAUGAAGUAUACACUUCCGCUCUGAACAUUGACCCUUUAAAUGUAUUUACAAAUUCGAAAUUAUACUGCAAUCGAGCAACUGUGUGCUCAAAAUUAGGCAAGAACAAGAACGCAAUAGAAGAUUGUAGUAAAGCUAUAUCUUUAGAUGAAUCAUAUUUGAAGGCUUACUUGAGAAGAGCCAAAUGUUAUAUGGAUGAAGAACAAUAUGAAGAAGCGGUUGUUGAUUAUGAAAAAAUUUUUCAAAUGCAAAAAACUAGGGAAAAUAAACAAGCCUUACAAAAUGCUAAAUUAGAACUAAAAAAGUCAAAAAGGAAAGAUUAUUAUAAAAUACUAGGUAUAAGUAAAACAUCUUCUGAUGACGAAAUCAGAAAAGCUUAUCGGAAGAGGGCGCUACGACAUCAUCCUGAUAGACAUUCAUCAGCCGAUGACGAAACUAAAAAAGAAGAAGAAAAGAAGUUUAAGGAAAUAGGAGAAGCAUAUGCUGUAUUAUCUGAUCCCAAGAAAAGAGAAAGAUACGACACUGGACAAGAUCUGGAUGAAGGAGGAUUCCAAUCCGAUUUCGAUCCCAACACUAUCUUUCAAGCAUUUUUCGGAGGAGGUGGUAGCCGGAAUGGAGGGUUUCCAUUUGGAGGUGCAGGGGGAUUUCCUGGCGAUUCUAGUUUUUCUUUCUCCUUUGGAUAAUUCAAGGGAGAGAGAACAGACGAAACAAAAUAUACUUUCUUCUCUCAUUCAAGAAAGAGAUAAAUUUGGAGAGAUAACUUUAAAAGCAAUUCGACUCAGCUUAUUAUUGAUUGCUUGUUUCUACCUAUACGUUUUUAACAAUAGAGUUUUCACUGUAUAUAAUAAUGUAAACUUAUUUGAUCUAAAUAUAUUGUGUAUUCAAGAGAUAUUUCGUAAGGAGAAGCAAUUAACCUUUCCAUAUUUCGUUUAUUCUAUCAAAUUUUCUCAGGGCAAAAGAGAUAUAAAAGCUGACGUUGAAGUAAUGCGUGUUUCUUUCAAGACAGCGAUAAAACCUGUCAAUUAGUAUGCACCACAUGCGCCCAUCUUUAUCAUACUCAACUACGUAAGAAUUCUACUCAGCCUAUAGAACUACGACCGCUUCGCAAGUUAUGAAAGAACUUAUAUCUUUCUAUUAGUCAAAAGCAGAUGCUUAUUACAUUAAAGAAAAUCACGAAACAAUAUUCUAACAUUAUUAAUUUAAAAAAUUACAUAUCUGCAGCCUGCGAGUAAUGCAUGGUAAUAAGAUUGUCUAACGUAGAUAAAGAGCAUUAGCUUAGAGAGCUGGUUAUUCCUUUAAACGUUUUCUCUUCUGACUCUCUAAUUAUCAAUCUAUUUACGAUUUAAGUCCAAGAUCUGUGACAAAUCUUUUUAAGUGCGUUGAAUAAACUGAAAAAUGGAGAAUUUGUCGUUUCUUAUAUUUUAAUGAUGUUGUGUACCAAGAACGCAAAUUACGCGUGUAAAAAACAUUAGUGAUCUGGUGUGACCUUAACUUAAUAACGAACAAUUUGCAAAUUGUAAGCGAGGGAAAGGAAAUUAAUAUGCACGAUAAACAAUUUUUACAGAUCCAGAUCAAAAGGGGUAAUUUUCAGAUUAAAGCCUAUAGGCCAUUCACCGUUAGAUGGCGCGAUUAAUACAGUUAAAACAUAAUCACUUCUCUCCGUCUGUCUAUUUCUCUCUUCUCUCUAAAUUUUUUAUUUAUUCAUUAAAAGCGUUUGAAGUAGGUAGAAGGGUAAAGAGGAGAAAACUAUGUUAUUUGUUAUUUUUUUUCUAUAAUGCUUUUCUAUUAAUUCAAUAGGCAAUUAUGCACAAUGGAUAAACAUAAAGUACAUUAUUACGGUCAGUCUGAAAAGCAAAACAAAAACCCUCUUUGGAGGAGGUAAAACUAAACCUAAUUUAUAGAUGAACUUGCGUCAUUUAAGUCUCGGAAAUUUCACACUGUUUUUUUAUUGGAAGGAAAAAAUCUGGUGCAUUCUAUACCAUAAAUAUCAUAAAGGAAUACUGAGUGAUAUAAUGGAAAAACAAUGCACCGUAACAGAAC